AAAUCUUUGGAGUAUCUUUUCAUGCAUUGCCGCAGUCACUCGUGCCAGAAUAUGGAAGCAUUCCGAGCUUUCUUGUUGAUGCUUGUGAAUAUUUAGAAGAACAUAUUCAUACUGAAGGACUCUUCAGGAAGUCUGGAUCUCUUGUUCGCUUAAAAGCAUUGAAGAGUAAACUGGAUCAAGGUGAAAGCUGCCUCUCGACUGCAUUGCCAUGUGAUGUUGCAGGGCUUCUUAAGCAGUUCUUUAGAGAGCUGCCAGAACCCAUCCUCCCACCUCACCUGCAGGAAGGUCUCUUCAAAGCUCAGCAGCUAGAAAAUGAGAAGAAAACUGCCACUGUGCUGCUCUCAUGUUUAAUGGCUGACAGAACAAUUGAAGCUUUGCGAUUUUUUUUCAACUUUCUGAGAACUGUAUCCCUAAGAUCACAUGAAAACAGAAUGGAUAGCAGUAAUCUGGCCGUGAUAUUUGCUCCAAACCUCAUGCACUCAGGUGAAAUUGAAAAGAUGACAGCCAAUACAGAAAAAAAAAUUCGCUUGCAAGCUGCUGUUGUACAAACACUUAUUGAUCAUGCAGCAGAAAUUGGACAAGUACCAGAAUUUAUCUCAGAGAAGAUUCCUGCAAUGUUAGGUAUUGAUGCCCUUCAAUCUACCCCUGCACUGGGUGGCCAUGAGGAUGGUGAAAGCGAAUCUUCUAGUGAAUGUAAAAGGAGGAGACAACGAAGCGUUGGGGAUUUUGUUAGUGGAGCAUUGAAUAAAUUUAAAUCUAACAGAACAUCCUCCACUACACCUCAGCAAGACAGAAGUGUUCUUUCAUUGGCGACUCCAGUGGUUCUUACUCCCAGUACCAAACGUAAACUUCCAACUGAUUGCUCUCAGGGUUUGUCUAGCAAGAAGAGGCGCUCUUUUAAGCAUAGCUUUGCUUUUGAGUUGUUACCAAGUAGCAUUUUUAACAGCAGCUCAACACCAGCAUCAGUUCAGUUUGAUGCAAGUCCUUGUGUCUCUCUUGAGUCAUCUCAAAACUCACUCUCUCCUUCAACUGGUGGUGAGAAUCCUUUGUCCGGUACGGGAAACAGAAGAACUAAAAGACAUGCAAGCAAAAAGUUGUACAGGGCUGAAUCAGGAAAAACAGGUUGCUUUUCUCCAAAGGUUAGCCGAAAGGAAAUGGUUCGUAGGUCCUUACGCCUGAAGUUUGGUUUGGGGAGAAGCAACAGAGACAUAAAUGUCGCAUCAGGAUGUGCAGUUGGUAAUAGAUCCGAAAACAUUGGAAGGCGUCUUGCAAGCCAGCAAGAUUUGGAAAGCAGAGAUGAACGUGCAAAAAGAGAUAUACUCUUCAGCCCAUAUAUCAGUGAAAAAUUUUCCAAGAAAGGUUCAAAGAAUGUAAGCAAAUCAGAAGAAAACUUGUUAACUCCAAAGUGUCACGAUAAAGCAGCUUAUCGAAUGUCAUGGAAUAGUCCUGUUAUGGAUUUUCAGGAGAUCAGCAGCAGCGAGAGAAGUCUGACAGGGCAUUGUGAAGCUACAGUUGAUUCUUCUGAAUCUGUCUUCACAGCUGGAAAGUCAUCAGCUGGGGAUCCGAAUUCACCUGGAACUACUGUAAAUAAACAAGACAACAGCUUAAAACUCUUUCUAUGUGAGGAAGAAAAUAAUUUAGCUACAGAAACAUUACUGAAAGUUAAGGAAGCCUUUUCUGCAUCUGGAAAUAAUCUGCAGGAUAUGAUAACUGAUACAAAGUCUUCCUUGUUAGAUGUUACAGAAGAAACAUUAAGUGAAACCCUGUGUCUUACAGGGCUCAGUCCAGAGGGAAAAAAGCUGUCUGAAACAAGUCUAGCAAAUACAGAAUGCAGACAGCUGAUAGACCCGGUUAAUCAAUCUUAUGCUACUGAUAAACAGGAAUCAAAAAAAGAUGAAACUAAAGCUUUGGAGAAAAGAUUCCACAGUUCUAUUGAGAUUGAACUUCAGGUCCAGAAACAAGGUGCAAAAAAUGUAAGAGAAAUUGUGCCUCAGGGAAUUGCAAGUGAAGACGAGUUGACUUUUCAGAACAGUUCCUUAAAAGAUGACUUGAACAAAAUAGAUUCCUUCGGGGAAAAAGAGGAAAUAAAAUUAACACACACUGAAGUGACUGAAAACUGUACGGCAAAAUGCUGUUAUUUAGAAGAAGACACUGAUAAACCUUCUGAGGCAGCACAGCUUCCUAUUUCACAGCUAUCUAAAUCAGGAAAGGAACUCGGCAACGAGUACUGGCAAGCUGAAAAUUCUGAUAAAAUUUUAACUAAAACAGCAGCUCUUUCUGAUCAUGGAAAGGUUUCUGACCACAUACAGUGGUUCAACAAACUUUCAUUAAAUGAUCCAAGUUCUGCAAGCAAAACGAAACCGCCUCUCAAGUUUCAACGUACUCCUGUCCGGCAGUCGGUGAGAAGAAUGAAUUCCUUGUUGGAGGCCAACAGGCCAUCUGCAAGCGGUCGGGUAGCCCAGUCUAGUGCUGUUGGUUCACCGCUUGUUAAGUCUUUGAGCUAUGAUUCUGCACUGUCCUCCUGCACAGAAAAGCCCUCAAAGAAUUCCACAGCUUUGCCCCUCAAGAGUGAAAGUGCAAGUGACCAAGUUUCUACAUCCCAUAAGCAGCUAGAAUUAACAUCCAAAUCAUGUUGCAGACAGUUAAAUCCAGCAGAGAAGACUGAUCUUUCUAUGAGAACUGCUGGAAUCUACAAACAGAAAGUGACUGUUAAUCCAUCCAAAUCUGUUUUAGAAGACCUAACCAAUCAUGAAACAGUGAAAUCUAGUACGAAAGUAAAUGCAGGUACAAAUAUUCCAGGUGCUGUGCCAGAAAAAUGUGCCAUCACAAAAAAUCCUCUUGGAAAAGAGAAGAUUCGUUAUAGAGGCUCUCCAAAGAAUCCAAUAUCUAAAGUGAAACUCCUACCAGCUACAAAACCAGUAGACUUAUAG